AUGGCUCCCACAAAGCAGGAGCUCUCAUUGCUCAUCAAUCCCCUCGUACCAGAGGCCGUCCAGCACAACAACCGGGUUCUCUCCUCCCUCCACAGCCUAACAGCCUUCCUCCUCGGCAUCUCCGCUGGAAUCCUCGCUCUCCAAUCAGCCGUCGGCUUCGCCUUCUACUUCGCCGGCACAGUUCUCGUAUCCGGCUUGUUCCACCUCGUCCUCCUCCAGCGGUCCGGCGGCGCCGGCUCCGGUGCGUUCUUCCCGGGCAGCGGGGGUGAGAUCGAUGGGCAGGUGGAUAUGGACCGGAGGGGCGUCGUGCGGAUGUCGCUGAACGGCGCGAAGAAGGAAGGGAGACGCUUUGUGCUGAGGAGUGGUGCGUGGCAGGAUCUUUGGCUUGGGGGCGGCGUCAUGAGCGAGGCACUUUCUGGGUUUGUGCUGGGCUGGGCUGGAGUUGGAGGUGUGUUGCGGUGA